UUUUAAAAUCCUUUAUUUAUAUCCCUUGGGUAUCUGCUUAAUUUUCCUGUGUAAUCUUUCUUAUUAUUAUUUAUAAACAUUUUAUUACGUUUAAUUUUUAGAUUUAUUACAAGUUUUUAAAAACUGUUUUAAUAUUAUUUAAUUGUUAUUUAUUUCAAUUAUAAAUAAUUAAUAAAAUUAAAUAAUAAUUGACGUUAACUAUUUAAUUACAACUGAAUAAAGAAAGGCUUAUUUUUCAUCUCAUAUAAAUGGAAGUGACAUAUCGCUAUUUGAUUGAUAUAAAUAGUUUUUCAAUAUCGUAUCUACAUAAUACAUAUAUAUAUGGGCGUAUAUUCCAUUAUUACAAUCCAAAUUUAAACACUGAUUGCACAUUAACAAAAGUUGAGAACUUAUAUAAAAAGAAUCAGUUUAAAACUUUUUUUUUACAAUAAUGACAUGUAUUAAUAGAUUUUUAAUUAUUUUGUUUGCAAUUUUAAUUGAUAAUUAUAUGUGUACUUGUAAUCAAACUUGUGCAGUUCUUAAACAAGUGAAUGUGCUAUUUCGACAUGGAGAUCGCACACCAAUCAAAGAAUAUCCAAAUAUUCCAUUUACACGAGAUCAUUUUUUUCCAGCUGGUUUAGGAGAAUUAACUAAUAGAGGAAAGCAAAGGUCCUAUAAAUUGGGAGAAAUUCUACGAAAUAUGUAUGACGAUUUUUUGGGCAGUACUUAUAUGCCAAAAGAUAUUCAUGUAUUGAGCUCAAAUCUCGAUAGAACAAAAAUGAGUUUACAACUUGUUUUAGCAGGUCUUUAUCCACCAAAUUCACAACAAAAUUGGAAUUCAAAAUUAAAUUGGCAACCAAUACCAAUAAAUUAUAGGCCAAUUAAUGAAGAUUUUUUAUUUCAACCAACGCUUCAGUGUAAAUUGUUUCGAAAUGAAUAUAAUAAGGCAUGGAUGUCACCAGAUGUAAAGGAGAAAAAAUUGUAUUUUAAAGAAUUAGGACAAAAUUUAAGUGUUUUAACUGGAUUUCAUUUUGAUCAUUCAGAUAAAAUUGCUGGUCUUUAUGCUGAUCUUGAAUGUUUAGAAAAAAUAGGAUUUUAUUUUCCUAAUUGGCUUAAUUAUUAUUUUGAAAGUGGCAUACUUAUGGAUGUUCUUGAAACAACGUUAAAAGUUGGAAAUUCAAAUAAUAUAUUAAAAAGACUAAAUGGAGGAAAGUUUUUUCGUCAGUUUUUAGAAAAUAUGUUUGCCGUUAGUAAAAGUUCUCCAGAAAUUGAAAGUAAUCCUAAAAUGUUGUUGUACAGCGGUCAUGAUCUUAAUAUUGUAUCACUUCUCAUUGCAUUGAAUAGCACUGAGUCGCUUUUAACUAGAUUUACAAGUGCCGUAAUAAUGGAAUUAUUAUUUAUUGAUAGUAAUUAUUAUGUAAAGCUAUUAUACUAUUUGGGUAUUCCACCUGUUACAAAAGAAUUGAAGAUUUUUAAUUGUCAAAAUCCAUGUCCAUUGGAAGAAUUUCAACAACUUGUAAAACACAUUAUUCCAUCAGAUGAAGAAUUUAAAUGUGUUUAAAAAAAAUUGUUAAUAAAAAUUUUCUAUUCGAUAAAAUAAACAAUUUAUAAAUGUA